GUAAGGAUCAGCAUUUUGCUGUAACAAAAUGUAUGUAAUAGGUAUUUUAGCUCUGUUACUGGCUGUAGGCCACACCAGCCAAGCAGUGGAUCCGAGACCUCCGCCAAAAGGUCCUCCUCCCAAGGCGGCCAAGUUUGAUUGGUGGGAACGUGGCAAUUUCUAUCAGAUCUAUCCACGAUCGUUUAAGGACUCGGAUGGUGAUGGAAUUGGUGAUCUGAAGGGUAUUACGCAAAUGAUCGACUAUCUGAAAGUGAUCGGGAUCGAUGGCGUUUGGCUGUCACCCAUCUUCAAGUCUCCGAUGAACGAUUUCGGGUACGACAUCUCCGAUUUUUACGCCAUCCAGGAAGAGUACGGUACGAUGGAGGACUUUGAGGAGCUGGCGGCCAAAUGCGCUUCGAUAGGACUGAAGCUAAUUUUGGACUUUGUGCCGAAUCAUUCGAGUGACGAGCACGAACACUUCCGCCUGUCGGAGGAAAGCGUUGAACCGUACCGGGACUACUACAUCUGGCAUUCGGGUGUGCUGGAUGCGAACGGUACACGGCAUCCACCGUCCAACUGGAUCAGUGUGUUCCGGGGCAGUGCCUGGCAGUGGAGCGACAAGCGCCAGCAGUACUAUCUGCACCAGUUCCAGAAGAAGCAGCCGGACCUGAACUAUCGCAAUCCAGCGCUGGUGGAAGAGAUGAAGAAUGUGAUGCGUUUCUGGCUGAACAAGGGUAUCGCUGGGUUCCGUAUCGAUGCGUUACCGUAUCUGUACGAAAGUGAGGAAGUGGAUGGCCGUUACCGGGACGAACCGCUGUCGGGACUGGUUUCGGACGAUCCGAACAAUCCGGCCUAUCUGACGCACACGGAAACGAAGGAUCAGCCGGAAACGUACGAUAUGGUGCAUCAGUGGCGUGCGGUGGUGGAUGAGUAUACGGCACGGGACAACGUUACGCGCAUCAUUCUGACUGAAGCAUAUACGGCACUGGAGAACACGACCCGUUUCUACGGAACACCGGCAGCGCCUGGUGCUCAGAUACCGUUCAACUUCCAGCUCAUUACGCAGCUGACAGUGAACAGUACGGGCAGCGAUUUCGUUAAUGCGGUCCAGAGUUGGGUCCGAGCAAUGCCGCCCGGUGCCAUCGCGAACUGGGUGCUGGGAAAUCAUGACAACAGUCGUAUUGCGACCCGACUCGGUGUCGAACGGGCUGAUCUGUACAAUAUCGCACUUCAGACUCUGCCGGGCAUAGCGGUGACGUACUACGGUGAGGAGAUAGCUAUGAAGGAUCGUUGGAUCUCGUGGGAAGACACGAUCGACCCGGCGGGUUGUAAUGCGGAUCCGGACACCUACACGCUGUACUCGCGCGAUCCGGUUCGCACUCCGUUCCAGUGGAACAAUAGUACGAACGCUGGUUUUUCCAAUGCAUCACGCACCUGGCUACCGGUGGCGGAAGGGUACGAAGAGUUGAAUGUGGCCGCCCAGCUGGUGGCACCGCGCAGCCAUCUCCGCACGUUCAUGGAGCUGACCGACUACCGGAAGCGACGACUGCUGGCGGAGGGUGACUUUAAUUUGCAGCUCGUUGGUACGAACUUGGUGCUGUACAAGCGGUCCGUACCGAGGGUGGGCUAUGCGGUGGUGGCGUUGAACUUCGGAGCUGAGCCGGUGGAGCUUCCGCUGGAUAAGGUGUUUCCGGGCACGGGAGAGCGUUGGCUGAAGGUGGUCGCUAGUUCGCUGCAGGUGAAGCCGACUUCCGGGACGUGGAUCAAUGUGCGGUUGUUUAAGCUGGCGCCCAACGCUGGAAUUGUGCUGGAGCGACGUACGGGACGCAACGAUGUUGUGGCUUAACGGGAAUCCUCUGUAUCAUUUAAAGGUGAUGGGUAGAACGGGUAGAAUAGAACAGUAGCUAGACAAGCAAAA